AUUACUCAUCAUUUCAAUAACAAUAAACACCGUCUAGUUCCAGCCUCAGCAUGCGCCAACUCCCCUUUCUUCUUCUUCUUGACUAUUUAUUUUAAUAUUAUUUUUUCCCUUCAAUUUUCUCUCUUUUUCUCACUAGCCAAACGACUCAUCUGCGCCUGAAAACUGCAAAUGUCAACUACUGCUGCUGAUGCAGAAGAAGAUAACCCAUGGGAGCAAGUAUUGAGAAAGCUGUUGCCCGCAGGUGCACCUUUACCAGAUGAAGACCACCUCGAUUACUCCAUCGCUGUCGAAUAUCAAGGCCCUCCUAUUCCUUACCAAGUUCCUCGUGUUGAUCCACUCAAUCUUGAUUCUCUCUCCGUUCGUACUUCUUCUCUAGUGUCCAUCGCCGACGACAAGGAUCUUUCUGUUCCCGUCGUUGCUCCGAUCACUGGUGCUAAGAUUUCCAAAUUCAGUCGUUUAAGGAAUUCAUCUGUGAAUGUUUUAGUUCAAGAUUCGACUAGUUCGAGACCGCAAAUUGAAAAGGCUGCUGUAAAUGGAGAAAACGAGGAGGGAGAAUCGGAACAAGUUGGUAAUCGAAGAGAGGGAGAGGAAGACGAAGCGUUGGUUGGUAGAAAUGAGGGAAAGCGUGUAAAUGUAGUGAAAUUCAAUGCUCCAACUCCCGGGGAUUCAGAAACGGAGGAGGAUGGAUAUUCAUCGACGCAAUCGAGUGCGGCGGCUGAUGCUUUGGGGCCAACUUCGGUGGUUCGAAAAGAGUCUAGGAAGAAAAGAGUGUGCAGUAGAUGUGGGAAAAGGAAUAGGUUGAAGGGGAGAGAGGCUUGUUUGGUGUGUGAUGCCAGGUAUUGUAGCAAUUGCUUGCUUAAGGCCAUGGGAUCGAUGCCUGAAGGGAGGAAGUGUGUUAGUUGCAUUGGGCAUCCCAUAGAUGAAUUGAAAAGGUCUAGCUUGGGUAAAUGUUCAAGGAUUUUGUCCAAAGUGUGCAGUCCAUUGGAGGUGAGGCAGAUUAUGAAGGCGGAGAAGGAGUGUGCAGCCAAUCAGUUGAGGCCCGAGCAGUUAAUUGUGAAUGGGAGGCCACUGAGGCAAGAAGAAUUGGCUGAGGUUUUAGGGUGUCGUAGCCCACCUCAGAAUUUGAAGCCUGGAAAGUAUUGGUACGAUAAGGAUUCAGGGCUAUGGGGAAAGGAGGGAAAAAAGCCUGAUAGGAUUAUUAGUUCCAAACUUAAUGUUGGUGGUAAGCUUCCGCUUGAUGCUAGCAAUGGAAACACAAAGGUUUACAUAAAUGGCCGUGAAAUUACCAAGAUUGAACUCAGAGUGUUGAAGCUGGCCAAGGUACAAUGCCCUCGGGAUACACAUUUUUGGGUGUAUGAUGAUGGAUCUUAUGAAGAAGAAGGCCAAAAUAAGAUAAAAGGAAAUAUAUGGGGAAAGGCAUCAACUCGUUUCAUCUGCUGGUUAUUUUCACUGCCUGCGCCACCUGGAAAUCCUUUUGUGCCAAAAGAAGAUACAACAGCCUUUUCACUUAGGUCAGUGCCCGAGUAUUUGGAACAAGGAAGGGUCCAGAAACUUCUGUUAUUGGGGUUGGAAGGAUCUGGAACCAGUACCAUCUUCAAGCAGGCAAAGUUUUUAUAUGGUAACAAGUUCACUCCAGAGGAGUUGCAGAACAUCAAGGUUAUGAUUCAAAGUAACAUGUACAAAUAUCUUAGCAUGUUACUUGAAGGACGAGAGAGAUUUGAAGAGGAAGCUUUGCUGGAAAAGUUAACUACUGCAGUCAAUGCUGAAGAAUCUACUUCAGAAGUCGAAGCAAAUCAACACUGCAUCUACUCAAUAAACCAAAGGUCAAAACAUUUUUCUGACUGGUUACUGGACAUCAUGGCUACGGGAGAUUUGGAUGCUUUUUUCCCUGCUGCAACAAGAGAGUAUGCUCCUAUUGUUGAUGAGUUCUGGAAGGAUCCUGCCAUUCAGGAGACAUACAAGAGAAGGGAGGAAUUGCAUCUUCCUGAUGUUGCCAAAUAUUUUCUUAAUCAGGCUGUUGAAAUAUCAAGCAAUGAAUAUGAACCUUCAGAAAAGGACAUUUUAUAUGCUGAAGGAGUCACAAAGAGUAAUGGCCUUGCCUUCAUGGAAUUCUCAUUUGAUGAUAGAAGCCCCAUGUCUGAGAUAUAUAAUGAAGAGUCUGAAUGUCUGCCUCCCUUGGCCAAGUACCAACUAAUUCGCAUAGAUUCCAAAGGAUUGCAUGAUGGUUGCAAAUGGCUGGAAAUGUUUGAAGACAUGAGAGCAGUUAUCUUCUGUGUUGCAUUGAGUGAUUAUGAUCAAAUGUGGGCCUAUGGUUCAGGUCCUUGUUGUAAUAAAAUGUUGGCAAGCAGAGACAUAUUUGAGACUUUGGUGAGGCACCCCUGUUUCAGGGACGCCCCUUUUGUGCUUUUGUUGAACAAGUAUGAUGCAUUCGAGGACAAGAUUAACCAGGUUCCUUUGUCCAUCUGUGAGUGGUUUGGGGAGUUUAGCCCUGUGAGGGCCCAUAACAAUAAUCAGACUCUGGCUCACCAAGCUUACUACUAUGUUGCAGUGAAAUUCAAGGAACUAUAUUAUUCAAUUAGUGGGCGAAAGUUGUUUGUGUGGCAGACCAGAGCUCGGGAGCGUGCCUCAGUUGACGAGGCAUUCAAAUACAUAAGGGAGGUCCUCAAGUGGGAUGACGAAAAGGAUGAUAACACAUAUGGGAUCACUGGGGGUGAUUCAUUUUACAGUACAGAAAUCAGCUCCUCUCCUUAUAUAAGGACGGAGUAACUGGCUAAUCCUUUAUUUUUUGGCUCUGGGAGAUUGACUGAAAUUUGAUUGAUUGAGGUAAUAAGAUGAGAGAAAUUGAGGUGAUUUAGCUUUUCUCAAGGAUCAUUCUGCUGUGUGAUCUGUUGAUUAGAGUAGGGAUUGGUUUACAAAAAUGCUGAAUCUAAUUUGAGGGUCUUCUUUUGUUUUCUCAUUUUAAUUUUUUGGGGGUUGAGGGAAUUUAUUCAUAUGUAUAGCUUACUCUGUGCACCAUAAAUAAUGCCAGCUUUUGUAAUCAUUUUAUUGUUCAGAUUUCUUGUAAAUUUUGGUUA